CCGGUGCGGGCUGGGGCGGGCGCGGGUAGGGCCGGGCCGGGGCCGCAGCGACGGCGCCCCGCUAUGAGAGAGACGCCGCGACCCGCAGCACAACACUAAAUUUGUAAUGAAAUGGAGUCUGGGUCAAGCUCCUUUCGAGUGGAAUUUCCAGAUUUUUCUAGCACCAUUUUGCAGAAGUUAAACCAACAGCGCCAGCAAGGACAAUUAUGUGAUGUGUCCAUUGUGGUUCAGGGCCAUCUCUUCAGAGCCCAUAAAGCUGUUCUUGCAGCUAGUUCCCCUUAUUUCUGUGAUCAGGUUCUCCUGAAAAACAGCAGGCGAAUAGUCCUGCCUGAUGUGAUGAAUCCCAGAGUAUUUGAAAACAUUCUUCUGUCUACCUAUACAGGCCGGCUGGUAAUGCCUGCACCAGAAAUUGUUAGUUAUCUGACAGCAGCAAGUUUCCUUCAGAUGUGGCACGUAGUGGAUAAGUGCACGGAAGUGCUUGAGGGAAACCCAACAGUUCUGUGUCAGAAGAUGAAUCAUGGCAGUGACCAUCAGUCCCCAAGCAGUAGUAGCUACAAUGGCCUUGUUGAAACCUUUGAACUUGGCUCUGGAGGACAGACAGAAUUCCACAAAGUGCAGGAACUAAGAGACGGUGAAAACGAAGAAGAGAGCUCUAAAGAUGAACUGUCAUGUCAGCUGACAGAACAUGAGUACCUUCCCAGUAAUUCUUCAACAGAACAUGAUAGACUUAGCACUGGAAUGACCAGUCAGGAUGGGGAAGAGGGAACUAGUGAUAGUGCAGAGUACCAGUAUAGCAGACCAAUGUAUAGCAAACCCAGUAUCAUGUCUCACAAGCGGUGGAUCCAUGUGAAACCAGAAAGGUUUGAACAAGACUGUGAAGGCGUUGAUAACCCUUAUGAUGAACACCAAGUUUCUGAAUCCAUGAAUACCAUCCAGGCAGAUCACUCAAUCCAGUCUUCAGGUGUUGAAGAUUUUCACAUAGCUGACAAAAAGAUGGAAGCAGAAUUUGAUGAACAGGCAGAUGAAAGUAAUUAUGAUGAACAAGUUGACUUCUAUGGCUCAUCUAUGGAAGAAUUUUCCGGUGAAAGGGCAGAUGGAAAUUUAAGUGCUCACAGACAGGAUCUUAUGAUGGCAGCAGGCUAUGGUGAAAGCAUUGAUAUGGCUGCUGGGAUUAAAGAAGAAACGUCUCUCACUGGAUUCUCCCACGCUGAUAAGCUCUAUCCUUGUCAGUGUGGAAAAAGCUUUACACACAAAAGUCAGAGAGAUCGGCAUAUGAGUAUGCACCUUGGUCUUCGACCUUAUGGCUGUGGUGUCUGUGGUAAGAAAUUCAAAAUGAAACACCAUCUUGUAGGCCAUAUGAAAAUUCAUACAGGCAUAAAACCGUAUGAGUGUAACAUCUGUGGGAAAAGAUUUAUGUGGCGGGACAGUUUUCAUCGCCAUGUGACCUCUUGUACCAAGUCCUAUCAGGCUUCUAAAGCUGAGCAGAGUACUACUGAGAUGAACUAAGACAUUAGUGCUUACGUUUGUUUAGUAGAGUAAGAAAAAUAAACUAAUUAUGCAAAUAAUGUCUGGUACUUGCUAUUGUAUGUUCUCAAAACAAAAGUUUUAAUAAGUAUGCUGGUAUAAACAGAUGAAAUGUAUUUUGCUUCCUGCAGUAUUACUUCAGGUGUUUAUUGUGGGAAGUGUAUGUGGUUAAUCUGAAAUGUGCCUGCAAAAUGAGGUCUGAGAUGGAUUGUAAUCCCAGCAGUAUUUAGAAGCCAUCUUGUAUUUCCAAGACCUCUAAAUUCACAGUAAAACUCAGCUCUAAAUUGACAAAAAUCGUGGAAAUACUUAGAUGAACGAGAAAUUCAGGUAGUACUCCUUAAAGGAAAAGAAAACUAAGAGGACCAAACUGGCUAACACGAUUCACAUUUAAAUGAAGAAAAAAUGAAGAGAAUUCCACCUCAGGCUGAAGCAUCAUUGGGUAGUGUGCAUCAUUCAGUAGCCUUUGUUGUAUUGCUUUAUGAAAGGCAGUGGUAAAGGUGGUUUAGAUUUCAGUUAUACAUCUUUUUUUAAAAUUUAUCUUCAGUAAAAUAAGUGUCUAAUUUUGUGCUGAUUUCUGUUUAGAGUCUGUAAUGCACUUAGAGUUUUCACUACAUAAACUUAAUGUAUACUGAAGUAUACUUUCUAUUUGCUCCUCUAGGGUCUAAUGCUGUACUUGACUUCAUUAGAUUUUAAUUACUGUGUUAUGAGAGCUUCUAGAAGUGUGUGUAAUAAGUAUGUCUUACUAAAAAAUAAGACACCAACUAAAGUAAAAUGUAACAUUUGGAACUUAGUCAAAAUAAUCAAAUAUUUAAAGUGUAAAUUUCUGUUCAAAAUUUGUGGCUUACUACAGUAGCAAGUACCAAACUCUGGAUUCAUAAACUGACUUGUUAUUGGUACAAAAACUUCUGUGAGAACUUUUAUCUAGUUUUAGAAACUUGCUUUAGGAAAAUUACAUAGUCAUUGAUAGGUAUUUAUACUUUUAAUUCUUUACUAUUUGAAUAGUAUAUAAUACUGAUUCUUGGUACUGAACUACUGUGACUGAUGAUCACAAGCAGAGUUGUUUGCUUCCUCAAAGUUGCUUGUGGAAAAAAGUAGGAAGUAUGUGAUUUGGAUCUUCUAAUGGUACUGCAGAACAUGGUACCAUGCUUAUGUCUGAAGCUGGUAUUUUUGCUGGGAGUGACACUUAUUCUAUGUUAAGAUGAGGAUCUGUGUGUGGGGCUCUCAUUCAUGGAGAUAGAUGGAGGAAUGUGUAUAGUGCUAAGGGAUGCUGCCAGCUCUGCAGAUUGAGUAAAGGCAUCAAUUGAAAAGGUGACAACAGGAUUUUGGGGUUGAAAGCUUAAUGCAGUCCAAUGCAAAAGCAAUUGCUUCUUGGUAAGCAAAAGCUUCUUUGUAGCUUACUGAAAUAUGACAAGGAAAGAACAUACAUAGAAUACAAUAGGAAGAGGUGAUAACGAAGUACAGUGCUGUCCACAUGGGGAAAAAGUUAACCAGCAUUAAAAACCUAAGCCUGUCUGACCCCAAUUUCUGUAUUAAGCACUGCUGUGUGCAGGAUAAUGUACUGAACAGAUGACCCUGUAUGGUGAAGCAAAACCACACCAAGAUUAUUACAGUUCAGAUUCUUUUUUGAACUCCCAGUUACAAAUUGUCUUAAGAUACAACUGAACUGUAUCCUGAAUGUCUGCUGCAAGCUGAGGGUUUUCUACUCAGUGAGCUGUAAUUACUGUAAUUUCUUUACUGGCAUUCUACUUAAAAACUUCUUUUUAAGAGGCUCUUAAUUAUUAAUCUUCUAGUGAUUCAAAUAUUUUUUCAUAUGGAAUUUUGUUAAAACAGAUGUUCCCAAGUACAAUGAACCCAUUGCUGGCAAUGGGCAUUAAUAAUCAGCACCACAGAGUUCCUGUUCUUAGCACUUAAUUGAACUCUACAAAUACCAUGGUGGCCAUGUUUAACCUUUGUGAUCAAGGUACUGAAACAGGGAUUUUGCUCACUAACACUGUAACCUGCUUAAUGUAUAGCACUUUGUAUUUAAACAAAACAAAACCAAAAAAAAAAAAGAAAACCACA